CUGUGAAAAAGAGUUACGGUGCGAAGAGCACUGCUGCUCUUUUACUUUUGCCUUUCCUUCACCUGCUUAAGCUCUUAAAUCUAGAUCAUUUUUAUGGAUUUUUUUUCAUACUUAAAUAUGUUUUUGUAGAUUUGUUUUAUACUGCACCCUAAAGAUGACUGGAGUUUGUUUUUGUUUUUUUUUUUGCUUGAAAAUUGCAUGUGAAAGUCAAAACAGAGGGAAUUGUCUUGAAAAAGCUUUAUUUUUUCAUGAAGACAUGACGUGUAUCGAAGAUGAACAGAGGAAAUACCCGCAGGAAUGGCAUCGUGGGAAAACGUGGCACUCAAAGGGGACGGACAACCACCAAAUUGAGAGGAUCUUUAAAAGAUGGAGGACACAGUGGAGAGACAGUAUGGGAUAGGAGGAGUGGGGGGGUGGAGGGACACAGGAUGGCGUGAGGACCAAGGCCUGUGGUUGGUUUGAUCCGAGCCACGUGUGCGUCCAGCUACGUCUCCUCGCCGCUUCAUGGAUGUCGAUGAUACGUUGGCUUCCCCCUUCCGCCGGUCCCUUCUGUCUUGGCCCAGGUAGGAUUUCUGAUAUGAAAUGAAGCAUGAGUCCUUGAGGAAAAAAUCUGACAGUCGUGCUCUGCUUUGUUGCUUUCCACUGGGUUUACAGCUCAAUAACUAGUGUCAUCUAUGAAAGAGGCACUCAGCUGUUCAGUAACCAACUGUGGUUCUGGGUAGCUCCCAGGUAUGAAGCCCUUUAAGCAAAUGACUGUGAAGCAGAAAAGUGCUCGACUAUAGAGAAUUCCAACUGAGUACACAGUAAAAACUCAGGAUUUACUGGCAAUGUCAUCACUCUGCUCUGUGAUGAGGUUACACUGGGGGUUCAGGCUGAGGAACAUGCUCUACCUCCAAAACACAGGGCAACCUUGAACUCUGCACCGUCACCCUCUCUAUCCUCAGCCAUGAGUAUAACUAUAAGCUGAUAGUAUGUGAUCAUCAGCACCGUGGCACCAACCAUCCUGCUGCUUCAGCACCUUAACAAAACUCAGCAGGACAAUUCAGUCAAUGUUGUGAAAAUGGCAGAGGAGGGUUUCGAGCUCAGAGCGGAGGACAACGAUCUCCCAACGUCAUCACUCGCAUGCCUCCAUCUCAGGGACGAGGCUGUGGUCAUCAACGAGGGCACCAACCAUAUGGUAGAUAAUCCUGAGCCCCAAUCUGUAUUUGCUGUGAUGAUGUCAUCACCGCUUAACCAAUCACGAGAGCAGAUGGACAUACCCAUGGCUACUAGGCCUGAGCCUUCACCAGCAGUUCAAGUUGAUUUUGCAGAGUUCUUGGAGCCGGAGAUGGGCCAAAACGACAGCGAGGCUCAGUCUCACAUCCUGACAGCGUUCCUGCAGGACCCUUCCUCCCCUGUUGAUCCUGAUGAUGUGUUUCCUGCCCUGAGAACCAACAUUGCAAUGGAAGGAGAACUUCAACCCAAGAACAACAUAAUCAAAGCGAUAGCAGCAUGUGACCCUGGUUCUGAUGACAACAAUUUGUUAGAGGCAGAGUGGUACUGGGGGAAUAUCUCAAGAGAGGAAGUAAAUGAGAUGAUGAGAAACACUCCAGAUGGCACAUUCCUGGUGAGAGAUGCUUCCAGUAAGGUUAAGGGAGAAUACACCCUCACACUAAGAAAAGAUGGCUCCAAUAGACUGAUAAAGAUCUUCCAUCAAGAAGGGAAGUACGGUUUCUCCGAGCCACUGGGCUUUCCCUCUAUGGUGGACCUGAUCCAAUAUUACCAGAACAAGUCAUUGGCCCAAUACAACUCUAAACUGGACACACGGUUACUCUACCCAAUAUCAAGAUACCAGCAGCAGGUUGUGAUGGAAGUUGACAUUGAUGCAGUUGGACAGCAGCUGAGGAUAUUCCAGGAUCAAUACAAAGAGAAGAGCAAAGAGUAUGACCAUCUGUAUGAGAUGUUUAACCAAACUGCCCAGGAACUGCAGAGCAAGCGGACAGCCAUAGAGGCUUUCAGUGAAAUAAUUCGGAUCUUUGAGGAGGAGUGUGAAACUCAAGAACGUUACAGCAAGGAGUACAUCGACAUGUUUCUCACAUUAGACAGCAGUACAGAAACUGACAAGAUUCAAAGCAAUUCAGACGAGCUACACACGAGAGUGGAGGAGAUCCACAGCAGCAAGAAGAAAUUGGAGGAGGAGUUGAGGACGAAGGCUCUGGCUCACAUGGAGGUUGACAAAAAAAUGAACAGCAUGAAGCCCGACCUUGUGCAGCUCAGGAAGAUCAGAGAUCAAUACCUGCUCUGGCUCACCCAGCAAGGCACUAGACAGAGCCAGAUUAAUGACUGGCUGGGCAUCAGGAACGAAGAGGAAGACCCGUACACCCUGGCAGAUGUUACCCACCAGGAGGAGAGGAGCUGGUACGUUGGCGGCAUGAGACGAAAAGAGGCCGAGGAGCUGUUAAAGGGGAAGAGGGACGGGACCUUCCUCAUCAGAGACAGCCAGACUCAGAAAGGAUCCUUUGCCUGCUCUGUUGUUGUGGAUGGGGAGGUGAAGCACUGCGUGAUCUACAGGACAUCCACAGGUUAUGGCUUCGCUGAGCCCUACAACCUGUACUCAUCUCUGAGAGAACUGGUCCUCCACUAUCGACACACAUCCCUGAUCCAGCACAACCAGCAGCUGAAUGUAACCCUGGCCUGGCCCGCUCUCAGCCAGCAGCCCAGCUGAGACACACCAGCAUGCCACCCUGAUGGCACUUUCCCAAAGCUUCACUGUAUUGGCACUGGGGACACACCAAUAUGGACACAGUUACCACCAGGCUCUACCAGAGCGCCGGUUAGUGUUGUCACCAUACGAGAAGAACAAUGUUCACAUUUGAGUGUCUAAAAAUCCUAAAGUGGUAGGAACUUUUCUGAGUAACAAUCACUGAAUUUGCCUAGUAAAGUUACCUACAAUAGAGGAAUAUGUAGUUUCUGGCAUCAGCCAGACAGCUGUUAUCUUCUAAUCUACUUUCUUUAUUAAAGCUAUUAUGACAAAAUCCCAUUUACUCGCCAUUUGCACAAACAGCUUGCACAACAAAAUUUGGAUUAAGUACUUGGCAUUCAACGUUGAAUCAAAUCUUGCAGCAGUACUGACAACACUAGUACUGGUAUCAGUGAGUUUUCCAUAUUAAUGGAAGUUAUACACUAUUCCAGACACUACAUGUUUCAGUACUUUUUUCCUGAAAGGCAAGCACAUGAAAUUCAAGAAAGUCAAGUUUCAUACCAUUAAGUUACAGUCAAAGACAUUCUAGCCUUCUCUUAAAUAUUUUAAAAUAAUUUUGUCCAACCAUCCAAAUGAAUGCUCCAUAUUGUGCUGUACCUGACAUCAGACAGAAGGUAGUACUCAGAGUCUAAUUCACUUUUUAGGAAUUUGUUCAAUCACUCCACCUGUAUAUUUCUUAAAUCCAUAUGUACUCAGUGCAGUUGCAGUGUUUGGGUGCUUCUGGGAAACUGAGCUCAGGAUGGGACUCUGUACUACCCAGCAGCACAUAUGCAUUAUGGGUAGUAGAGACACAAAAGCACUUUAUCCAAAACAAGACACACACAAACACAGAGAUGGGAACUGUGCACCGAAAUACUGACUUCACAUAUGAUGUUGCAGUUUAGAAAAAGGUGAAAGUAUUUAUUUUAGUGAUCAGGAAUAUAAAAGUUAUUUUCUUACUGACAUCAGUGUUCACUCAGUGGUAUUUUAACUCAUGUCCAGUCUUCAUUCUGCAUUUUUCUUCAGGACAUAAAAAAUUUGUGAAUUCUACCUCUGGGGUGUAUUUAUGCUUUACAGCAUUGCCAUUAUAGCAACUUUAUUCAAUAUUAUUGUGAUGGCAGAUGUUGAUUUUGUUUGUAGAAAACUUGGACAAUCACUGUAAAGUCUGAAGAAUCUUUGAGUUGCUUUUAGUUCACUUAUUAAUAUCUCAAGUGUUAGUUAAAGUAUAUGAGCGUGUAUUUACUGUGAAGUAGCACAAGGCAAAUACUGAAAGCAUUUCUGUGUGUUGUGUACAUACAAAUCCAAAAAAAGCACAGUUACUUAGGUAUAUCUGACAUUUUUAGUCUGGUUCAGAUAGGUCUUUGACAAGUCAGACAGGUGUCUGUAAUGAUUCCGUUUUGUUCUUGGGAUUCUGGUUGGAGUCAGUGAUCCAAGAGCUUUGAUAAAAUCCUGGAUUUGAAGUAGUAGUCCCAUUUCAGGUUCUGGUUGAAAAGUGCCCUUAAGUGUUCUUGUUCCAGCCAGUAUAAUUUCAUUUGUGUUACCCUCAGGACAGGUGUCUCGUCCCAUACACAAGACAACAAUGUAUUUAACCAAACACUGAUGUUGUGUCUAGCUGAACACAAGGCAACAACAGUACUAAUACCCUUAAGUAUUAUCAAAUAUGGUUGCUUUCAUAUAACUCACUGCUUUUAAGCAUCAGAUUUAAAUCAUUAUAUUUAAUCAUUUUGUAAAAGUGAGUGUCAAACAGAACUUACUCCCCCUGCAGUUGCCAACUGAAUUUACAUCACACUUGGCAUGAGAAGCUGCUGGCCUACGUACUCAUUGUUUCAAAUGUUUGUACCACAAACUAGGGAUGUCCCGAGCCAAUCUCCAGGAUCGGGAUUGCGGCCGAUAUAGGCAUUUUGCCACUGACUGGAACUGGCAAUUUCGAACGCAGUCCCAUGGCUGAUUUUUUUUCAGAACACUAUUUGUGGCAGAACUCAGACGCACACGUAACGUUACUCUGGCAAACCUGUGGAUAAAAUGUCUGCAGUGUGGAAAAAACUUAAAUUAGAACGUGAAAGCAGUCCAGCAGCAACAUGUAACAUCUGCAAUAUGACCGUUUUGCAAGGGGGUAACCAGUAAGCUGUAUACUACUCAUUUGGUACAAUAAAAUAUUACAGAGAAGCAAAUUAAAUUAAUUGCUCUGGAUGACCAGCUCUCCUGAUUGGGACAUCCUUAACAAACUAAUCAGGAAAACAAAGUAUUUAGAUAAAUGUUACAUUUUAGCCCUUACCUAAAGAUUAUAGCUGGAAACUGGAAAAAUAAAGACACUAAACACUAAAAAACUUUAUCAGAAUUAUACAUAGUAUCACAAAAAAAUACUGUUACUUCAACUUUGUCACAAAAAGACUUAUGAUUGACCAAACAGGUGUAAAAUCAUUAACAUGACUGCUUGAAUUAUGCAGCCAUUGUAGCUAGUUUUGCUGGCAAAUGAGCUACCAGCUAACAAGUUGUGAUUCCAGCUAUAGUGGACCAAAUAAGAGUAUCUUACCAUAAAAUGUGUGUAGAUAGGUGUUGGUACACAGCCUUCUGUGCUAGGUAUAAUCAAAAUGGUUUUGGAAAAUUACAUUUCUUAUGAUAAAGAUUACUUUGAAAUUGUUUACAUUUCAGCCUGGAGGGACUAACAGGGACUCAGUGCACUUUGUGAGCAGAAAUGAAGUGGCGCUUGUGGGUUACAGUGAUUAAUGCAAAUUAUUUUUAUAGGGAAAAAAUACAUUAGUGAUUAAAUUUAGCCAGUGUAAGUUGUCCAUUAAUUUGAAAAGCAUAUAUGAAUCUUUGAUUUUACAUUUUGUCACUGGUUUGAUUACAAAUUUUUCCUAGUUCAAGUAUUUCUUCUGUUCGAUGGGCCACCUAAAUUGCACUUCUAUCUUUGAGGUUUUUAUUACACGUAGGUACACUUGAAAUUAUACGUUUACUGCCAUUAGUGGAGUUGGGAAAAAUGGAUCAAAUUCCUACUCUGUGGCAGUGAAAAGGUGUAAAUGUUUGAUUUUGCAUGCCACUGUUGUUACUUAAGUAUUAUACGUAUUACUAAUUACAUUAUGGACAUCAUGGAUGGGUACUGUUUUGAUAUCAGUUCUGGUACUAUAAGUUCACCACCAGCUAUAAAACAUACGUUUUGUUACUCCUUCUUUGAUUUGGUUAGCUGUAAUCUGUGAUAUACUCAAGUUUUUCUCUCAUUUUUGUUGUGUUUUUGUUCUGUUAUUUGCUUUGUCUCCAUCAUUGGUGCUAAGCACUCAUUACUGUAGUUUCCUAGAACACACCACUCCAAGGUCACCUGUCAGUCAUACAGUAUGAGUGAUACUGCUUUCUUGUGGGGUUGUGAUCUGUUGUACUUGUAAACACAAAAAUAUGAGAUAAAGUAUUGCACCUUAGUAACAUAUCAGGCAUUAACUUGCACAGAAUGUGGACACAGCGUGCCACAACCACUAGAUGGUGGUGCAAGCCGGACUUUGUUACUCCACUCCGCUCCUUAAAGCAAAGAAGCAAAUUCUGAAAUUGUGAUCAGCACUUCAUGCCGUUUUAUAAUACUAGUGCUAGUUCAAGCAGCACUACACUUUGUAUGUGUAGAAAUUUGGACUCUGUAACAGUGGUGUAGUCUCAAAUAAAAUAGAGGGAAUACUGGUAAGGGACACAUCACUCACAUCGACUGCUGAGCUUUCAUUUCUGUUAGUCUGGAUUUACGGGAUAUUCAUUUAAUCUAAUUUCCUCUGUGUUAAGAUAUCCAUGUAAAUGUGAAUUUGAAAAGAAACUUUACAAAUCCCAGUUAAUUAUGUAGCAGGAAUACAGAAAAAAAGCUUUUUUUAUGUGCAUGAAUAUAAACUACACCACUGCUCUAGAUUUAAAGCAUAGCAUUUGCACAGGUAUCUCAUAUGAGGUGGAGAUACUAUGACUGUCUUCAUGUACAUACAUCCUGUUACUGAAGCAGGGGGUCAUGUGGUGCUGCUAACUAUGGACAAGUUGCUGAUGAGAUUGAUAUGUCAUAGCACUGAUAAAGCACUGAUGAGUUUUUAUGUUUUUUUUUUGUAAAAAAAAAAAAAAAAAAAAUCUCUCUUUAAUAGGCUGACCACUUAGUAGUAUGUAGUUCUGUAAAGUCAGACAUUUGUCACUGUGUGUGCACAAUCUGGGUCUUUUUCUGUUUUACUGUCUCUUCUUGUAACCUUACUAUUUUAUCAUUGUGCAAACUAAAAUGAAUUAGAGACAUACUGAAAACACAGGACAAACUGAUCACUGUAGGAGAAUAACUGGUGUCUCAUAUCAUAAAAUGUGUCAUGAAGUACUUGCAGAAGCAAUCAUGUUAAGUCGUUCUCUGUCAAUUUAAUAUUAUACUAUAGGUUUCCAGGUGCUAGCUAUCUUGGUAAGCUACUAGGUUAGCUUGCCGAUCUUUCAACAUCGUAAAUGCCAUGUUUAUGAAUAAUGAGAGGAAAAAUUAGUGAUCCUGUUUUCUUUAUUUUUUCUUUUUAGAUAUUUUUAGCAUCCUCUUUUCUUUAUUCAAAUGAGAUCUGUUAUUGUUUCAGAUUUUUUUGUGCUGGUUAUAGUGGUUUAUGGCAAGGAAGAUUGAGUCAGCCAAACUGGUGUUCGAUGUUGACUUCAAAUAAUUAAGACCCAAUUGGAUGCCCUUAGGAAGGACUUGCAGGUUUGUCAAUCAAGGCCAUUAACCAGGGUUGCUGGAAUUGAUUGAAGAUGAAACAGAUUGAUGAGCUUGAUAUGAAGAGAGGCAGAAAAGACUGAAUAACAGCUACGGUGUAUGUGUUGAAAGUUCUGCAGUGUAAUGAAAUAAGGAAGGUUUUAUCUGUAAUAAUACUCGGUUUAAUUUGUAAGGAAGUCAAUUUCUAGAUUCUGUAGGACUACAGGAUGUAGAGUGUCACAGGUAGAGAAGCAGAAGGUGUGAGUGUGAAAGCAGGGAUUUCUGAUGGACAUGUAAAAUGUUCAAUACUGAUACUGUGUGCAACUUGUUUCAGACCAAAUAUUAAUUUAACAUACAAAAGAAACUUAAGUUAUUUGAUUUGCAUAAUUGCCUGGGAUGGAUAUCGUAGGAAUAAUUAACUAAAAAAUGUUGGUCCUGAAUGUUCACAAGUGCCUGCAGUGAAUGCAAUUUUGAACAUUUUCACAGAACUGGUCAAGAUCAGUUUUCUGUGGUGAAUAGGUGAUGAUACAGAAAUGCUUAGGUUUGGGUACAACGUUACAUAGUUAAGUGAAGGAACUGGUAAUGUAGGUAGAGUAUAAAAGGUAUAGAGGGUUUGGUAUUAUGUUGGCGAUAGAUAAAGUUAAUAAGUUGGAACAGGGACGGUUAAGGUUAAGGUUUUGUGUGGUUAUGUGUAAAGUAAGAGGAGGGAAGUGGUAUGUGCAUUCACACUAGGGCUGCACAAUUAAUUGCGAAAUAAUCAAAAUAAUUAAAAUGUGCCAAACAGCGUUUUAAUAAGAUAUUGUAGCGCUGCAAAGAUGCUCUGGUCUACAAAGCUUGUUCUCCAGAUGUAAUAAAAUAUGUUAGCAGAGACUGGAAGAAAUGGCACAUCAUCAUGAUUUUAGUAAUUUUUAAAUCAAUAUGAAAACUGUCGAAAAAAAUUGCAAUAUCUGUAUAAAUAUUUACAAUGUGGCUUUUUGACAAUGUCAUGCAGCCCUGAUUAAACAGUCCUCAGCUGUCAUUCUCCAUCAUCUCUCUUCUAUGCCAUAGACACUGUGGGAUCUUGCAGUCAAAUUUGUCAAAAAGAAAACACAUUUCGGGGGAUUGGUUGGUGUUUACGUGAGAAGAUCAUAAAGGUUUUUACAUUUUUGAAAUCCAGUUAACUAAUAUAUUUACACAGGUUUUGUUUCACUUUGAGGUGUGCAUAUGAUCGAAAGCUCAAUUUGUCUCCGCAUCACAUAGUCAAAAUAGUACUUGUUGAGAAUGAUGUUUCUGUAACUUGCAAUGACUUUUAAUUUUCCCCAGUGUGCUAAAUGGCCUUGUCUUUCUGCUUUAAUCUGAAGCAUUUAGCUGCCCUUUGUUAAUAGCCUGUUGCUGUGAGAAAAUACUGUUAUUGUAAAUGUUCAUUUACUGUACUGAUUAUACAACAUUCAACGUUUUGGAAAUAGCUUGUGUUUUCUUUAGGAGUCAUAUCUGAGGAAAAUUGAUGGUUUCAAACAUUUUUUUUGUUGGUGUGAAACCUGACUUGACCCACUUCAGAACAUCAUUGUUCAUGUAUGCACUUUCUGAUCCCCAAAUAAAUUUGAGAAGAUGAUUAAAUGAAUAGCUGUGAGUAUAUUUUGAUAAACUCAGGAUUUUGACACACUCUGGCCUGGA